CUGGAAAAUUAGGGUUUGUAUAGUCUCUACUCUCUAUUCUUCUCGAGAUGGGUGGAGGAAACGCACAGAAAUCGAAGAUGGCUCGUGAGAAGAACUUGGAGAAGGCAAGGCAGGCCGGAAAAGGCAGCCAACUGGAAGCUAACAAGAAAGCUAUGUCCAUUCAGUGCAAGGUUUGUAUGCAAACAUUCAUCUGCACAACAUCUGAAGUGAAAUGCAGGGAGCACGCCGAGGCCAAGCAUCCCAAAGCCGAUGUUGUCGCUUGCUUCCCUCACCUCAGCAAGUGAUGAAACUAUCAUUUCUCACCAAAAAAGGAUUCCAAUGUAAAUGUAUGGAUCCGUCUCCUAUGUUUGUAUCAUUCAAGUGUCUCGGGUCAACAAAACUUAUGGUUCUGUUUCUGUUUCUGUUUUUACUAAAAGACUUGUUUCAACGCUAAGUCUCUUACUAUUAUUAUGGUUAUACUAUGAAGCUUUGUUUGGAACUUCU